AUGGCGCGACACUUCGGCUGUGAAUUCAUCGAAACCUUGGCCAAGACAGCGCAGAACGUAGAGCGCCUUUUCAGGAACCUUGUUCGUGCAUUACGACAGGCCAGAGAAAGCUCAGUCCCGACCAAAAUAAGAGAGAAAAAGCCGGGCAUGUAUCAUCAUGUAGGGGACUUUUUUCUGGGAUUUCUGGGCUUCAGACUCCCUUACAUUUUUGUUUCUUUUUCAUAUUUCGUCGCCUCUGACUUGAUGGCCACGCCAUCAAUACAUCCUUUAUACCCAUAA